CCCGUACUUUGCCAAAGCCCAACCCUUCUCUCUCUCUAAGCUCUUUUCUCUCUCACAAAAUCUACUCUUUCUCUCUCUUCGACCGCCUCAUUCUCUCUCUCUCUCUCUCUCUCUCUCUCUCUCUCUCUCUCUCUCCGCUUUCUCACACUGUAUCGAUUCCGUAAUUCUGAUUUGGGAAUGCUGUGACCCUUGCCUUUUCUCCCUCCUUCGCUGAUGACCUAGCAUCUCCGGUGCCGGACACCUUCGCCGGCCUUCCGCUUCGGGUUAAGAUUCAUUAUUUUAUAAUAAAAUAAAUAAGAAAAAUACAAGUCUCUGUGAUUCGGUGGAUUUCUCUAGGGUUUUUGUGGCUGGUUGCUUCUUUCGAUUUCGAUUGAGGUAAUAGAAGUUCGUGAAAUUCUAGGGUAUUGUUUCUUCGGUUGAGGCGUCGACGCCAUGGCUCCGGGGCGUAGACGCGGAGCGAACAAGGCCAAGGCUAAGGGCCAGUUGAGUCUCGGUGAUCUUGUUCUCGCCAAGGUCAAGGGGUUCCCCUUUUGGCCUGCCAAGAUUAGCAGGCCUGAGGAUUGGAAGAAACCUCCUGACCCAAAGAAAUACUUUGUUCAAUUUUUUGGAACGGAGGAGAUAGCAUUUGUUGCACCUGCCGAUAUUCAAGCAUUUACUAGCGAAACAAAGAAUAAAUUAUCUGCUCGGUGCCAAGGUAAAGCAAAGCACUUUGCCCAAGCUGUGAAAGAAAUCUGUGAGGAAUUUGAUGAGUUGCAGAAAAAAAAAUCAAGUAAUUUGACGGAUGAUAGUGAAAGAUUGGAACCUGGAAGUGAGGCUCCAUCAGUUGAUGGGGCUGAUGAUAAUGAUGUUGAGGGUGACUUAAAGGAUGGGACUGGUAUCAUAGGGUCUGAUGGAGAAGCUGUGAAUGAGGAAGUAGAUGAUUCUUGCUCUAAGUUGGAGCGAUGUUCACAGAGACGAGGUGAAAAGGACUGUGAGGAUGUACAGCCCUCUGCUGGUGGUGGUACGAGUGAUGUCCUGUCACCUGUAAAAUCUUCUGAGACUAAAGGUAAAAUGAGUGAUGCUAUAUUGUCACCUGUAAAAUCUUCUGAGACGAAAGGUAAAAUGAGUGAUGCUAUAGAACCAAAGAUGGAGAUGGUUUUGAAAGCUGCUUCAGAUAGUUCACCUCACCUGGAGGGAGUUUCUGGUUCUGGACAGAAACCGUUAUCAAAUGGUCACAAGUUGAAAAAGAUGACAUCUGGAUCAAAGAGGAGUGAAGUUGGUGGUGUUGAAGUACAUAAAAACAAAAAUGCUUCUAGUUCCAGACGAAAGGAAACUCCUGAAGAUAAAGCAGAUUCUGAUGUGUGUGGUGAAAAAAAGGCAAAAGUCUUCUCAAAAUCAAAAAGUCAUUUAAAGGUUCCAAAUGAUGUGCGCCGCCCUGGUGGGGACUCCAAGGAACAUAUCGAGGACAAAGUUCAUGGAAGAACAAAGAAGGGCCCUCUUAGUGUGGCAACAAAUGAAGUUUUGCAUCCUGCAAAAAAGUCGAAGCAUUUCGAUUCAAGAGAUGAUUCAUCAACAGGAACAUUCUCUAAAACCAAAAAAUCUUUUUCUACUAGUCCUAUUGUCAUGGAUAGUAAGACAGUUAUAAAAUCAGAUUUGAAAAAAUCAACUUCAUUAGUGAAAGCAGAAAAUCACGUCACAUCAAAAUCUCAAAAUGCAUCUGGUGAUGAAACUGUGUUGCCUCCGACAAAGCGACGUCGCCGAGCAUUGGAGGCUAUGUCUGAAUCUGAUAUUAAGAUGGAAAAAGAUGUUGCUGUUAAGAAUGAUGUGUCGAGUUCUAAUAAUGUUAAAGCUGUGGUAACUCAGUCACAGAAAAAGAGGAGGGCUGUUUGCCUUUAUGACGAUGAAGAUGAUGAGCCUAAAACUCCUGUUCAUGGAGGAUCCGCCACAAUUAUUAAAGCUCCUUCAAAUGUUUCAGAUGAUAUCAAGAGUUUUGAUGUGAAAAUUGAAAAAUGUGAAAAAACUCUAGACCAUGGUAAGGAUUCUACUGAACAUUUGGAAAGUCUUACAAAAGAGUCCUCUAAAUUGAAUGGAUCUUCAUCACCUGACAAAUUACAAGCUGAUGUUAAGGAGCAUGCUAGCCAUCAAAGUAAUGAAAAUGGGGCUGAAGUCCAUCCUCGUAGCGAUGAAAAGCAGGUUGAAAAGGAAGAGAAAUCAGAAUCUGAGGCAUUGUCGUCCAAGGAGUUAAAACCAAUUUUGAUAUCUCCUAAAAAAUCCCCACACAUGAAUUCUGCUAUCAAACCAGGAGAUGAACAUAUUAAAGCAACAAAACCCAAGACUAAAGUCUCUAGUUCUGCUAGUGCGAAAAAGGUGUCUAGCAAGGGCCCUGUUUCAGCUAAGGACAGUUCUCAAAAUCAUGUAACAAUUCAAAGAAGUAAGCCUGCUUCCUCUACAGAAAGGUCCAAACCUACACAGAAACCACAUUCUCGGAUCAAUGAUGUUGCUGUGAGAGAAAAGUCAACAGAGCCUGGUCAAAGAGUGGAAGCUGGCAGAGAAGACCGAAGUAGUUUGAUGAUUGGUUCUAGGACACCGGACUCUGAAAAGUCUAUGAAGCAUCUUAUUGCAGUUGCACAAGCUAAGAGGAAGCAAGCCCACUCACAAAGCUUUUCUUUUGGCAUUUCCGCUUCUGCUUUUCCCACUGGUGAUUUCCAGGGAAGGAGCCCAAGUCCUACUGCGGUUCAACAUUUUUUGUCGGGAAGUGGCAAUUCUAUGAUGGUUGAUAUCCAAGGAUCCGCUGCUUUAGGUUCUCCACCAACCAAUGUUCAUGAGUCUGCUUCACAAAGUCAGCAUGAUGUUGAAGAACUUGAGGAGCAAAGAGCUAGUUCUGGAAAUAGGGUUGUUGGAAACUCACUAAGUGGUGGCACUGAGGCGGCUGUCGCUCGUGACGCUUUUGAAGGAAUGAUAGAGACUUUGUCUAGGACUAAAGAAAGCAUUGGACGUGCAACUCGUCUUGCCAUUGAUUGUGCGAAGUAUGGUAUUGCUAAUGAGGUUGUGGAAGUACUUAUUCGAAAAUUGGAAGCUGAGCCCAGUUAUCAUCGUAAAGUAGACUUGUUUUUCCUUGUGGAUUCCAUAACCCAAUGCUCUCACACCCAAAAAGGUAUUGCUGGAGCUUCAUAUAUUCCUACAGUUCAAGCAGCAUUGCCUCGUUUGCUUGGUGCUGCUGCUCCAGCUGGUACUGGAGCUCGUGAAAAUCGUCGUCAGUGUCUUAAGGUUUUACGACUGUGGCUUGAGAGGAAAAUUUUUUCUGAGACACUGCUUCGGCGUUACAUAGAUGACAUUGGAGUUCCAAAUGAAGAUACAACUGUUGGAUUUACCUUAAGACGGCCAUCUCGAGCUGAGCGUGCUGUUGAUGAUCCAAUUAGAGAAAUGGAAGGCAUGCUUGUUGAUGAGUAUGGCAGUAAUGCCACAUUUCAGCUGCCUGGGUUUUUACCAUGUCAUGUAUUUGAAGAUGAUGAAGAGGAAGAGGAUCAACCAAGUACUUUUAAGGAAAAUGGUCAACAGGAACCCACCCGUGUUUCUGGAGAGGUGGAAACAUGUGCGGUCACUCCAAAUGACAGGCGCCAUUGCAUCUUGGAGGAUGUUGAUGGUGAACUUGAAAUGGAAGAUGUCUCUGGACCCCCAAAGGAUGAAAAAACAUCACUGGUUUGUAAUUCUUUUGAAACAGACACAUUGCCGGUUUGUACUUCUUUUGAAACAGACACACAAAACCUUAUGUUUGACAGAGUUGCAGAAUCUGCUCCAAGCAUUUCUUCUGAGUUGCCUCCUCUCCCAGAGGGUUCUCCACCACUUCCUCUUGAUUCUCCUCCCCCACCUCCACCUUUGCCUCCAUCACCACCACCACCUCCACCCCCAUCAUCUCCAUCUCCACCACCGCCACCCCCACCUCCUCCACCUUCUGAACCACCUCCUCCUCCUUUGCCACCUUCUUGUCCCCCACCAAUGAUGGUUUCUCAGCCUUCACUAUUACCACAACAGAUGCUGCCACCUCAAUCAUCCGUACAUUCUUCACCACAGUUGCCAUUUCAACCUCCUGCGCCUCAUGAAUUCAGUGGUGCAGUUACUGGAAACCAACUUAUACCAAGGGCUGGGAACACUCCUCAUGGGGGUCCUGCAGAUGGUUCUGUUAAAAGUGAGAUGUUUGCACAGCAGCCACAUUGCUAUGUUCCUACAGGUGUGUGUGGCCCACGAGAUCCUUCUGGAUUUAAUCCUUCAAGGCAACUGGAACAUGGACAUAAUGAUAUGUAUCUAAACCCACAAGUUUCUCAACCAAACCAACAAUAUCCACAAAGUACUACCCCUUACAUACAAAGACCUAUGCAUCCUGUGCCACCUCAAAAUCCUUCGGGCCAUUUUUCUUAUUCAAAGCCUGCAAUUCAGCAGCAUCCUCAGCAUUCCUACCACCAUCCUUACCCUUUGCCAUCCCAUCCCGAUGGUCGAAGGCCAUUUGUUGCUGAUGAACAAUGGAGGAUGCCUUCUGGUGAGUUUAAGUCAGAUAGUCAGCGUGGUGUAUGGGUUAAUGGAGGGAUGACACAUUCAGGACCACCCUUUGGCCAGGAAGGUUAUUAUCGACCACCCUUCGAAAGGCCACCCACAAAUAAUUUGAGUUUUCAACAUCCUGCUCCCAGUACUGUACCAACUGGUGCUCCAAUUUCAGGUCACAGCGUCCCGCAGAUGUUGCCUAGUAGACCAGAUAUGUCGGCUCUUAAUUGUUGGAGGCCAGCUUAAGUGCUGUUGAUUGAAGAACAAAGGGUAAAGCGGUUUUCACAUUAUGUUUGGCGUUGAGGUAACUUGUGUACAAAGUCCAACCACAAUUUGAAGGCAGCAUUGAGAAAUGGAGGCCCUUGGCAGGAUUGUGUAUAUUGUAAUUUUUCCUGACAAAUGUAUCCCGAGAACAUUUGCUUCCAAGUGUAGGCUCAUGUUUCUGACUUGGUUAGUACACCUGUUUCUCUAUUAAUGUAAUUCCUACUUUUAAAUCGAGUAGGAAUUAAUUUUAGGCAAUUGAUAUGAGCUUUGUCAAAUUUAGCUGCUAUUUAUCAACUUUAAUCAAUAAUUCUUCAAAUGCAUAUCCCUGAUUUUCCUUAUUUUUUGGCGGUUAUGGAUUGAGAAAUGAGCGUACUUCUGAACCUUAUACCUUUUGGCUUGUAUAGGCACAAAUGGUUAUUAGGUGGUGAUAGAUUGUCAACUUCUGCUGCUGAAUCUUUUUCAUUAAUCUUGAGUAACUUUUUCAUAAAAAGAGAUUAUAUUGGAAUGUUUUUCUGGUUAAUUGAUGUGGUCUGUUUUUAGUUUGUUUUGGGUAAUCCUAAGUCAUUUGAUCUUGUGUUUUCUUGCUGUUUAUCAAUAGAUAGUUUGUGCUUAUCUUAUUCUUAGAUUGAGCUAACAUUAAUUUUUGUCUAUAGAUAGUUUGUGCAUUAAACUAACAUUAAUUUUUGGUAUGAGCUCUAUUCUGGAUAUGACUUUUCAUCUUUCUGAACAUAUUCUUGAUUACUGCAUAUCGUCUUAACUGAACAAAAUUUCUGCAAUAAUAAACCCAAUUCUGCAAAUUACUUAUUAGUUUAGCGGCCAAAAAUUAUCAGGGGACUUUUCUUAUUUGCUUUUGACCUAAGAUUUGUGUCUUUUGCUUUCGAAAAUUUUGGAAGUUUUUUUUGGACCAUGCAAGAGUGGAAUACUUCGAUUGUUGAUUCAAAUUGUUGUGAGUUACCAUUGGAGAUUUGGCUGGAACUGGGAAACAGAGUUUUGAUAGAACUGUAGUUUAAAAUGUGAUGAUUGGUGCUUACUUACAGUUAUUGAAACAUGUUUUACUUUUUUUUAGGCCGAAGGAGGCGUUAGUUUCGGAAAAUAAGAGAACUUCACUGGUGUUGUUGCAGGUUUUGGCAUAAAGGAUUUAACCAAUUUUGAUGUUAUUAUUGUGGUACACUUACAAAGUUAGGGUUCUACUUAGCAGAUAAGACUGCUUCAUAAAUUUGAGGUAAAUAUUUUUAAUUUUUACAUGAUCUCUCUUCAUCAGAGGACAAAGGUCGUUAUUUUUUUUUUGUUAGUCAGUCGAGUACAGUUUAAAUGCCAACGUUAUAUGUUUCCUUGUAAAGUUAUGUCAAAUAUUUUAGUUUUUAGUGGUUUUUCAUUUAUCUAUACAACACCAUUAUUAUGUAUUAUUAUUCAUGAUUUAUUACCCAUAAUCCAGGAUUUUCCUCAAAUAAUUUGUGUUUGUUACUGAAUUGCUACCA